GAAAUAUGAACAUAAUCAUGCAAAACCUAAUGGAGAGGCUAAGACCCCUUGUCAGUCUGAAAGGUUGGGACUAUUGUGUUCUGUGGAAAUUGAGUGAAGACCAAAGGUUCAUUGAGUGGAUGGAUUGCUGUUGUGCUGGGACUGACAACACACAAAAUGCUGGAGAAGAACUUCUUUUUCCUGUUUCUACAGUCCUUCCAUGCAGGGAUACCAUGUUUCAGCAUCCAAGAACCAAAGCUUGUGACCUUCUAGCUCAACUGCCUUCUUCCAUGCCCCUAGACUCUGGAAUUUAUGCACAGGCCUUGAUAUCAAACCAACCCAGUUGGUUAAAUUUCUCAAAUAACACAGAAUCAGCUGGUGCUAUAGAAGAAACUGUUGGUACUAAGGUUUUGAUUCCAUUGCCAGGAGGAGUUAUUGAGCUGUUUGCUUCAAAGCAAGUUGCUGAAGAUCAGAAUGUCAUUGAUCUUAUCACAGCCCAAUGCAACAUAUCACUGCAGCAGCAGGAGGACCUCAUCAAUUCGAGCAACGUGAGCAACAGCUUCAGCAGUAAUGUAAAUGCCAUGAGAACUGAAUUCCAUUCAAAGCAUAUUUUAGUUGAUGAUCAAUAUCAAAAGGAUCCAAACAGUCAUUUCCAGCCAUCAGUUUCACCAGCAACACCAUUAGAAAAUAUUAGUGUACAAUAUGACAUCUCUGUUGACAGAAUUCGCCAAUGUGAUUCUUCAAUGAACUUCCUCCAGCAAUUUAAUUACACACCAGAAGACAGAACAAAGAGUGAUGUCUACUAUGAAGGAGCUGUUCACAACUCAUUCAUUUCUGACAAACCAACGAACCCAAUUAAGUCUUCUGCUGAGAAUGGACACCAAGAGAUUGAUGUAUUACAGCAGUCCAUGAUGAACAAUUCUUCAAACAUGCAUGUGCAGUUUAUGGAGCCAUUGUCCAACAAGGAGCAGCAAGGGAAUGACAAGGAUUCGAUCAAGCCUGAGACAGGACGAACAGAUUCAAUAUCGGAUUGCAGUGAUCAGUUUGAUGACGAGGAUGAUGCAAAGUAUAGGCGAAGGACUGGAAAAGGACCUCAAUCAAAAAACCUUGUUGCUGAAAGGAGGAGAAGAAAGAAGCUGAAUGAUAGGCUCUAUGCCCUCAGGUCUUUGGUUCCUAAGAUUUCAAAGUUGGAUAGGGCUUCUAUCUUGGGGGAUGCAAUUGAAUUUGUAAAGGAGUUGCAGAAGCAAGCAAAAGAACUCCAAGAUGAGCUUGAAGAACAUUCAGAUGAUGAAGUAGGUAGAAACACAGUUCCUAAUAAUGGCAACCACCAAAAUGUUCAACCCGAAGUUCUAACAACAAAUGGAAUGAUCCAUGGGCCUAAAACUGAACAUGAAAAACCUUCAAAUGGCAUUCAUGAAGGGGGAUCAGGCAAUGGCAAUGCCUUGAAACAAAACCAGGACUCAGAUAGUAUUAGUGAUAAGGCACAACAGAUGGAGGUACAAGUGGAAGUGGCUCAGAUAGAUGGGAAUGAGUUUUUUGUGAAGGUAUUCUGUGAGCACAAGCCUGGGGGUUUUGUGAGAUUGAUGGAGGCAUUGAAUUCUCUGGGACUGGAAGUAACAAAUGCAAAUGUAACUAGCUUCAGAGGUCUUGUUUCCAAUGUUUUCAAAGUACAAAAAAGGGACAGUGAAAUAGUUCAAGCUGAUCAUGUGAGGGACUCCUUGCUUGAGCUGACGAGAAACCCAUCAAGAGGGUGGCCCGAGAUGGCUAAAGCAUCAGAGAAUGGCGGCGGCACAGAUUAUCAUCAUAACCAUCACCACCUGCACAACCACCAUGCUAGUUCCUACCACCACCACCUACACCAUCUUCAUAACUGAGCAUAUAUUUCUGAGUUUCAAAUGAGAAAUGAGAAGCACUUCAACUUUUUUUUUUCUACAAGCUCUGUAAUAGAUAUAUGCAUACUUUAACGUUGUGUUUUACCUUAAUAAAUCUACUUCACUGUGUCGUUUCAACAUUUGCCAAGUUGUGUGGUCCAUAUAAUUAAACAAUUUAGACUUGGUUUAAA